AUGACCACGCCGCCGUCUUCAUUGAAAAGUUCACCACGCAAGAUUCCAUCCGAGAUCUCGGAUACUCGCAGCUUAGCAUCGAGUAACUUCGCACAACUUCUCUCGAAAUUCGAAGUGCUUGAUGCCGUGUCGCUUAGCAAUUCGUCUCAUGCUUCUCCAAAAGUGAAACCUUCUGCCAUCAAACCUCCUUCUAUCGUUGGACAAACUCUAUCUAGGUCACCAAAGCGGUCGUCCCAAGUAUCGAUCAAGAUACGAGAAAGAAGUUCAACCGAGUCCAGUCAGUUCUCAUCUGUUGGUCAUGUCCCCCCAAAACAGAAAUCUCAACAGCUACGCCGAGCGCAAACAUUUGGUGCGAAGGCCCCUAUCACAUCGAGCGAUAAUGUGGGAUCGAAAACAAGACAAAUGUCUGUUGCUGAGAGGAGAAUGAUGUUUGAGACAGCUAGUCAAGGAGACAAAAGUCUAACUCCUCACACCUCUACAAUUUCUCGCUCAACUCAGAAACUGGCUCACUCGAAAAGCUGGCAAUCGAUCAAGACUAUACGUUCUGCUGGAGAACCUCAUAACAAUAACGCUCCCAUUUUGCAGGAGCUAACAAGCGACGAUCUGGACUCCCCCUUGAAAGCAACCCCUCUGUCAUCCCCUGUUGUGCAUUCUCCUCGGACCCCCCUCGCUUCUGGUGAACCUCUAGGUACAUGGCGAUCUCCUUUGAACCGACCUGUCGACUCAUGGCCUUCCUUUAAGCGUAGUAGCCUCAUCAUGGCUCCGCCCGAUACUAGUCCAAGCUACACCAAGUCUCAAUAUACUGGAAUGUCACCACACUCGGUACAUACAGUAACGAAAAGUCAAGUCAAGAUUGACGCUGUACCUGACGAUAAGCAAAACGUCUUAAUCGAUGAAAGUCGGCAUCACGGCUGGGUACGAAACGCUCGCAAGAUAGCAUCUUCGUUGUCGAACACGGUAUCUGCGGGAAGCUCAAGCCUUCUAAACAGGUCCCGUGAAUCUCAAGAUGCUUCCAGUCAAGCUUCCAGUGGUACCAAUGGUUUCAUGUCGUUUAAGUUUGGGACGGAGGGGACGGUGAGUCGCCCGAAGCUGCCACGGUCCAGAAUCGCAAAUCUUCGAAAGAAGUUUGACCAGUCAAAGGAACAAGCGGCAAUAUCAACUGCACCUCAUGAGAUAACGCGCCGUGAAUCAAUCCUCGUCAAGACCGAAAAAUUCAAGUCGCCAUCCAAGUGCACACUUCUGGAAUCUUCUGUUUCGUCAGAAUCGGGACCUCUAAAUACACAAGCAUUUAGGUCCAAGAGUUACGCCCCUUAUAGAAGCCAGGUUUCCUUCAACCGAUCACUACCGCAAUCUCCUAUCGACCGGCGAAAUACAGAGAAGCACGUUUCACCUUUGAAGCAAAAGAUCGAUCUCUUUAAGUCUCUAGAUCAUCAUGAUACUAUUCAAGACUCUCCAGUUUCAACUCCUGUGGGGAAAAGACCUCUUUUACAGGGCGCCCAGCGUCAAGAUUCUGUCAUAGGACCUUUGAGAAGUUUCAAAGGAACCUUACGGAAGAUUUCUACAUCUUGUCGAAGGGUAUCAUCGGAAUGGAGUACGACAAGUUCGAGGGAGAUUGGUACAUCUAUACUCAGAAGCUCUGAUAACAGUCCAGUGACACACGAGGAUCAGGUUGUGGGAACUGCAGUUAAAGAACCACUGUCGCCUCUCACUCUUGACGCAUUCCCCAAUCGUCCCAUUCUUAGCCAAACCUUUCUCACAAACGAAAUAUCCCCCCUGGCUCUAGAAAAACCUUUGUCUCUACCCCGAGCCUCCAUUGCUCGUGCAGGCUUCAAUAUUGAUGGUGAGGCUGGGAUGAGUGGAGCACCGCCUCCUUUGUUCGCAGAACCUCAAAGACGAUUCUCUUACACUAGGCACGCCCUCUCGCGGGUUGCAAACCGAUUUUCUCUGCCCGACGUCGGAAAGGAACUCGAAUUCAUCGAGCUUCUCGAGGAUAACCUCAGGAACAAUCCAUUUGUCUCUAGGUCACGCUGUGAGUUGGAGCAACCUAGACCAGUGCGUGCGAAUAAGGUAAGGCGACUUGUCAGUCUGUGCAAGGACAAGGUCAGAAGGAUUUCGGCCGGCCAUAGUGAGUGA